GUGGAGGAACAUAAAAACCACGACACAGUGUCAGCUGCAGCAGAAUGGACUGAGAGGCAGAGAGAGCUCGAGCUGAGGAGACAAACAAUCCAGCAGAGAGUCCAGGACACAGAGAAAGACGUGAAGCUGCUUCAACAGGAGGAGGAGGCCCUCAAUGGCUCUGCUGAUAAAGCAGUGAAGGACAGUGAGGAGAUAUUCUCGGAGGUGAUCCGUCUGCUGGAGAAAAGAAGCUCUAAUGUGAAGCAGCAGAUCAGAUCCCAGCAGGAAACUGAAGUGAGUCGAGUCAGAGAGCUUCAGGAGAGACUGGAGCAGGAGAUCACUGAGCUGAAGAGGAAAGACCAUGAACUGAAGCAGCUCUCAGACACAGAGGAUCACAACCAGUUUCUACACAACUACUCCUCACUGUCACCACUCAAUGGAUCUACACACUCAUCCAGCUUCAGGAUCCGUCCUCUGAGGAACUUUGAGGACGUGACAGCAGCUGUGUCCCAGGUCAGAGGUCGACUACAGGACAUUCUGAGUGAGACAGAGACAGAGAUUUUACAGAUUGUGUCUCAAGUGGAUGUUUUACUACCACAACCAGAACCAGAGACCAGAGCUGACUUCUUAAAAUAUCCACAGGAAAUCACACUGGAUCCAAACACAGUGAACAAACAUCUGUUAUUAUCUGAGGGAAACAGAAAAGUUACAUAUAUGAAUAAAAAUCUGUCUCAUUCUAAUCAAUCAGACAGAUUCACUGAUUUGCCUCAGGUCCUGAGUAGAGAGAGUCUGACUGGACGUGGUUACUGGGAGUUGAAGAUGAAGGUGGGAAGAGGAGUUGGUGUAGCAGUAACAUACAAGAAUAUCAGCAGAGCAGGACGCUCAGAUGAAUGUGGAUUUGGAUACAAUGAUAAAUCUUGGUCAUUAUCUUGUUGUAGAAACAGUUAUACAUUUUAUUACAACAGGAUCAUGACUCCAGUGUCAGGUCCUGUGUCCUCCAGAGUAGGAGUGUACCUGGAUCACAGUGCAGGUGUUCUGUCCUUCUACAGAGUCUCUGACACCAUGACUCUCCUCCACAGAGUCCAGACCACGUUCACUCAGCCUCUCUAUGUUGGAGUGAGUGUUUAUUGGUCUGGAGCCACAGCUGAGUUCUGUAAACUCAAAUAGACUUGAGUCAUUAAAAGCAGUGAUUUAGAUUCUGUGUUUAAAUCUUUAACUUCUUUUGUCUCCAUGUUUGUUGAUCAAAGUUCGUCGUGGUGACGUUUCUGCUCCGCACAGAGAUCACCUGUCAAUCAUUCCUGAUGGGCAGCACUAUGAAGUCCUCUCAUUGGUCGUUGUGUUGAUGUUUAAGUUUGUUGAGCUGGACCCAUGUUGCAUCUCACUGCUCGUUGCUUCAACCUGCAGAAGCUUGGGUGAAGCUUCACAUUUCUCCUUGCAGAACAAGUGAAAUCUGAAAACUGAUGCACAACCACAAGAGGGAGCCUUUGUUUUGUGGACCACACCCUGUGGUAUGUGUUGCUCACACAACUUCCAUCAGUCAGGCUGGACUCGGUCACAGCCUGGCUCUAUGAAGCAUUCUAACAUCUCUCUUUACCCUCAGCCGCGCUGCAGAGGUUAUCCAAAUUAAUCCUUUUCAACACGUGGCAUGAAAUUCUAAAAUUUAGCUCGUCUUGGGUUUUUUCAGAAUGUGUGUGUGCAUGUCCCAUACACUUGCCCAUCUGAAAACAUCUAUAGUGUGUUUUUUUUUAUAUCUUUUGUAAUGCUGUUUUUUUUUUUUUAUUACUGCCUUGUGUCAGAUUUCCAUCUUUGUUUUCUUCUCCGCCUCCUAAGCUGUAAAGGUGAAAUAUGUAACUGCACUUUUAAUAAAGAAAAUCGUUUGCUUCUUUAAAGUG